UGGGUAUUGACUUCUUUCACCCACGAUUCUGUAUUAAAUCUCGACAGGCGCCCGUCUCUGUAGUAAGUUAUGGAUGCUAACAGGGGUCAAGGUGGUAUUCAACUUUUGCUAGCUGCUGAGCAAGAAGCUCAACACAUCGUCAAUGCUGCCAGAAAUGCGAAAAUGGCUAGAUUGAAACAGGCCAAAGAAGAGGCCGAAAAGGAGAUUGCCGAGUUUCGUGCACAAAUGGAACGUGAUUUUCAGAAAAAAGUUGCUGAGAGCAGUGGAGAUUCAGGUGCUAAUGUGAAGCGCCUCGAAGGAGAGACAGAGACUAAGAUCAAUCACCUGAAAUCAGAGGCUGAAAGGAUAUCCCCUGAAGUUGCCCAAAUGCUCGUGAAGUAUGUGACAACCGUGAAAAACUAGGUGCUGUUAGAUCUGUACCAUUUCUAUUGUGGAAAUAGGCUACAUGUUUUAAUUUAUACUUUUAGACGUGGUGUGCUUUUAUUGGAACAGGAAGCCCUGAUUGUUAUGUUUAUGUGUUCAUUUUGAUAUUCAUAUUUCAUCUAAUGGUUCAUGAGCAUUGUACUUUCACCAAAUAAAUUACUGAAUAUUUUGUUUCAUAUCAAUACUUUUUUUCUGUUCGAAUGUCUA